CAUGACGCUCACCACGCGCCUCGCUCGGGGAAGAUGGCGACUGUGUACAUCAUCCAGAAGUGAAUGGACGAAAAACAGCCCGAGAUUCUUCAAAGUUGCCCUUCUUCCCUCCAUCACGACCCGCUUCGCGUCAACACACAUGCGUUUCGGUUAACAUCGCCGAGAUUUUACCCCGGUGCGAGCGACAAGGAUGAUAAUAUGCCCCAAAAAAAGAAGAAGCGAGUGAAUCGCAGUUUGUUGCUGGCGAAGAAAAUCAUCAUCAAGGAUGGAGGAACGCCUCAAGGUUUCGGCUCUCCCAGUGUUUAUCAUGCGGUUAUAGUUAUUUUCCUGGAGUUCUUCGCUUGGGGUUUGCUCACAACGCCUACUUUGGUAGCUCUUCAUAAAACGUUUCCCAAGCACACGUUUCUUAUGAACGGCUUGAUUCAGGGAGUGAAGGGUCUGCUGUCGUUUUUAAGCGCCCCUCUGAUUGGUGCUUUAUCUGAUGUCUGGGGAAGAAAGUCCUUUCUUCUUCUCACAGUGUUCUUCACAUGUGCUCCUAUUCCUUUGAUGAAGAUCAGCCCUUGGUGGUAUUUCGCAGUGAUCUCUGUAUCAGGUGUAUUCGCCGUUACCUUUUCUGUUGUUUUUGCCUACGUGGCUGACAUCACCCAGGAACAUGAACGGAGUAUGGCUUACGGCAUGGUUUCCGCCACGUUUGCGGCGAGUCUCGUGAUAAGCCCGGCGAUGGGAGCGUAUCUGAGUCAGGUCUACGGAGACAGCCUGGUGGUGGUUCUGGCUUCUGCAAUCGCAAUGCUGGACAUCUGCUUCAUCCUCGUGGCUGUGCCCGAGUCGCUGCCCGAGAAAAUGAGACCGGCGUCCUGGGGAGCCCCGAUCUCUUGGGAGCAAGCAGAUCCUUUUGCUUCUCUGAGGAAGGUGGGGCAGGACUCGACGGUUCUCCUUAUCUGUAUCACAGUGUUUUUGUCUUACCUGCCUGAGGCUGGACAGUCUUCCAGCAUGAUCCUGUAUCUGCAGCAGAUCAUGGGAUUUUCCGCUGAAAAUGUUGCGGCGUUCAUUGCUGUUUUGGGAUUGCUAUCAGUUGUUGCACAGACUGUAGUGUUAAGUUUACUAAUGCGCUCCAUUGGGAACAAGAACACAAUUUUGCUGGGUCUGGGGUUCCAGAUUUUGCAGCUCGCCUGGUACGGGUUCGGAUCGGAGCCGUGGAUGAUGUGGGCAGCCGGAGCUGUGACCGCCAUGUCCACCCUCACUUUCCCUGCUAUAGGCGCCCUGAUCUCGCGCACGACCGAUCCGGAUCAGCAAGGCGUGGGUCAGGGCAUGGUCACGGGCAUCCGUGGACUGUGUAGCGGUUUGGGUCCGGCCCUUUACGGUUUCAUCUUCUACAUUUUUCACGUUGAGCUGAUCCAGGCUCCGGACGAAAAACCGGAUGUGCAUCACCAUCACGAUCAUAACCAACAGAGUUCAAUAAUCCCGGGACCGCCGUUCCUCUUCGGCGCAUGUUCUGUGCUGCUAGCGCUCUUGGUGGCGCUCUUUAUCCCCGAACACCCUCACAUAGGCACUCGUGCGGGAAGCUGGAAAAAGCACACGUCGCCCCACGGGCCCCCGCACAGUCCCCACCCGCCCGGAGAUGCCAAAGAGCCCCUCCUACAGGACACUAACGUGUGAUUAGCUGUUCGAGUGUUGGCAUAUCGGCAACCUUCAAGGAAAGAGUUACGCAUGGAAGCUUUUGUAUAUUGAAUCGUAAAGCUAUAUCAGAUGUGUACUCAGUCUUUGCUUGGAGAUCCACCUUCCUGACAUAAUUUCAUUUAUAUAUGCCAGAAUUGAGGCGUUUAUGUGGAAUUUGCGGGCGGGAUGGAAGAUCUCUAUAUUUAGGACGGGGACAUCCUUUCUGUUUUACGAAUAGAGCACCACUUUUUAAAGAAAUGUAUAUAGAAGAACAUAUAUUGACGGUUUUGUCCAAAGGCACUAUUGCAAUGGCUUGUAUUUAUUUUAUUUGGUUUUGCUUUUGUCUUUUAUACCUUGCUGUCUGACUUGCUUUCAUUACCAUUACUCACUCAGGGACAUUAAUCCGAUCAGGAACGGUCUUCGUUUCCCGAUCAGUAGGGCCGAGCGACAAUUCAAAGUGCAAACUGAUUCACGAAACAAAUUUCUUUCAAAUUAAUUGUAAAAUAAUUUGUGCACCAAAAUUUUAUUCUGUAAUAAUUGCACAAACAUUUCUCAAAUUUUCCGUAUAAAUCGUUUAUGAAGAAAUGGUUUAUGAAACAUGCUUGUGGUUGAGACUUGCGCCUCAUUGAGCUUGGUGAGCAAGUGGUUUGGCGAUUGUAUGGAUCCCAGUGAUUCGUCGUGAACAGCCUAAACUUGAUGGUUGAGCUUUGGACAUUCAACAUCGCAAUGACAUGCUUCAUUUUGUUUAUUGCUCAUAUAUUAAGCUGCUGCUUGUUUCUGUUCGUACCACUUAGAAUCAAUGGUGCCUUUCCCAGCUCACAUUUCGUUGUUGAUGGGAAUCGUAAAAUCUGUCCGGAUUGAAAUUGUGAUGCAUCAGACAUCUCCUGAGAGUCAUUAGGAUCGGCUUUAACCUUUUAUAAUAUUGACUUGCAUGGAGAGCUGUAGUAUUGACUAUAGUUUUAGCAGAGAUUUGAUGCAUUAUUACUCUCUUUCUGGAUUUGCUUUAGCCUUACGUUUCCGUUUUGAAAAAAAUAUUUACAUUUAAACUAUUAAAAAUGCCAACCAACUAAAGGACAUUUUCUUGAAAAUGUCAAAUUUGCCAGUGGCCUUUCUGUAGUUUUCAUUUUGUUGCAGACAUUUUAAAAUAACCAUUUGACCAAAUGUACAUUUUAUUGGCGUAAAGCAGGCGAGUUUAUUUACAUUAGUUAAGUACUUUGGAUAUUUAUGAGUUCCUGUAAUAUAUUUCUAUUCGUCUCAGAAUGCUGUGUGCUUUUUUACGUUCUGUGGUUCCGUUGUGCCGUAUUUGUUAUAAAUUUUAGCUUAUGAUUAAUUGUUUUGACUGAACAAUGUAAAUAUGUCACAAAGUAUCCACACAUGCAUUUCAAUAAAAGUUAAAUAUUUUGAUGUA